UCUUUCCAUAUUGUUUGGUGUACGAACAGUUUUAAGACUUCUUCCAAUUUUAGUUAGGGAAAAGGCCGUAUUUCUAGAUAAACUUAACCAGUUUUAAUUGUUUUUCGAUCUGGAACAGUAUUAUCGACCAAUUUUGAAGUGAAUUCUAAACAAUCUUUGAGUCUUUACAUAAGAAUCACUUUCCUUAAGAAACGUUUCUGCAGAAAAAUCACGGUGUUCAGGACUCCAAACGCCAUGUUUACUAAUAUGUGUACAGUUCACUUAAGGUUAUAAACACAGCAGAUAAUUCAUUGUUGCAAUAUUUAUCACAUGACGGCAUAAACAAAUUGUGGAGUUCUUAUUGCUUCACCCUGUACUAAUCAACGAAUUCUUUAAAUUCAAAUUCCAAAUGUAAUAAGCUAAGUGUUCUUACAAAUUUCUCAAUUAUUUCGUCUUUGAGUUAAAAAAAAUGUUAGAAGUAGACUGAAGUCCUUAAAUAAAACAGAGACAUCCACAAUUAAUAAAUCUGUACAUUAUACAUUUUAAAAGAAAUGUUCCGAACUAAAAUCUACAAAAUUACGAUCCAAGAUUUAAUCUAAUCGAUAAUACACACGGAACUUCCAAAACGAAACUGAACACGAGUGAUGUUGGUAACAUUUAAAGAACCGUAUAUCUCAUUCUAAUGCUAAUCACAUAAUUGUAUCAUGGUGAGCUUUCAUUAAACAUACAGUAGUUUCUAAUCACAGCUCUGGACAUGUCUUGUAUGCUGAUAUUUGUAUGCACAUUCUACUCUGAAUUGAAAUUACACAUUUGAAUACCGGUAUGUUUCCUAUCGUUUCCAAGUUUAAAGUAAUAAAAUAUAAAGAUCAAUUCAAAUUCUUAUUUCAUACUACUUUCUAUUCCUAUAACUUUACCAUUCUAUACUUUUACGAAUGGCACACUACAGUAAUUUUAUUAUUCAGGAUAUGGUGUAGAGGGCGAGACGAUUAUGAGUGCGAGGAGUAUAGAAACGUGAGUCUCCCACGACAGCACCAGCCUGGCCUUGAGCUCCUAAGAAGUUUGAAUUUAGAUCUGUUUGAACUGAGCCUCGUAAAGUUGCAAACAAAAUUCGAAUUAAUUAAAUAAGUUGAAAGAGAAUUGGUUGUGACUACUGAUAACAAAAUUACAUAAUUCGUACUGGACGAAACAUUUACAGCGUAGAUAUAUGAAACAACACACACAUAGAGCAUCACAUGAGACUGAAGAUACAAUAAAGGAAAUCGUAUGAUCUGGACACAGUAGAAGCGGCUGUGGAGGCGGGAAUAGCCUUGUUUACCUAGAGACAGGGCUCGGACGAUAUGAGUGCGCGAAGCACCACCCAGAGCGCUUCCGGCAGCGUUCGCGGCAGCAUCAAGUUCGCGGGCGAGGAGGCCAAGGAUAAGAUGUACGAGCCGAAACACAAAAAGAAGGUUGUGCGGGUGUUGACGGUGAUAGCGUACGUGUUCUCGGUGUCACUAGCCGCCAUCAUGCUCAGUAUGUAUUACAUCUUUAUCUGGCAAGGCACAAAACCCAACCAGCAGAAUCAUCACAACCACCUCCAACACAGCGCUGCCGUAGGCUCGGUGCCGGAGUGCCGGGUGCCAGGUGGAGGUAUGAGUCACGGACAGAACUUGGCACAAAUCCCAUUGUACAACGAGAGCCAGAUGGCCGAGACUCCAAGAGCUCUUCCUGCCCAAGAGAUCCUGCCGUCCACCACACCUCUCGCCAAGUUGGCCCGUCAGUAUCUGGAGAUGAGACAGCACCCCCUCUCACAGCCGGAGGAACCGUACUUGGAGCAGGAUGACAACUACACUCUUCCUGUACCAAUCUACAGUUGAAGACAAGCUGCUGUUGGCUCUAACUUAAUGGUGACGCUGUCUUCGUGGUUGUUUUACACUCUUGAAGGAGAGGGUGCUUCGAACUCUCAACAGAACACAUUCUGUCUCAGUCUGUGGAAGAACGGGAAGUUUAUAGUGUUCCAUAAAUACAUAAGUUUUUCAACGUCAACCUUAAAAAUAUCUUCCUAAAGUGUUCCAAUUAAAUUUUUAUUGUUUGAAAUCUUCUAUAAAAGUUUUUUCCAAUUUAGUGUAGAUUUGGAUAGAAAAUGUCUUUAUGCCUAGAUCUAAUGUAUAGAUACUGUCUAUAAUUUUUUAUUCUAGACAUAAACAAGGAACUGUUGAUAAAGGUUUAAGCUCACUACGCAACUUUCGUUAAAAUGGCACAGUUUCAAAUUUAUUUCAUACCUGCUCAUGAUUCUGUGAAAGUAGCUUCAAGAUUACUCACUAUUUAACAAAAUAUAGCCAUAUUAUGUUAAAGCUGUUUUCAAAAUUUACCCUUUCAAAAUCCUACUGUCAUCUUGCCGCUUGGUUGAACCGCACAGACAAUCGGCGCUGUUAGUUUUCUCUGGCAUCAUUGAGUCACAUCUCUAAACAGAUCGGGGUACGAACAGAUUGUGAGUGAUUGUGUCUCAUCUAUAGGAAAAAUGUAUGAAGGUGAGGAGAUAGUGGAUUCAUAGUAGUCCCUAAUAUUCCAAGAGAAACUUAUUUUGAGAACUGGGGAUAACGUUCCAUCGAUAUAGGUAAAAUUUUAAUUAAUAACUUAAAAUGUCUAGAAUGAUCAGUGAAUUAAUGUAAUUCAUAAUUAAGAUUCAAAUGGACAGGAUAUUCUGAACUGCCGUCUGAAUUUUGUUGUAUGGCUGGAAAAUUCAAUUGCGUUCACUGUAGACAUUUAUGUAUCUAAUUUAAGUUCACAUUUCAACAAAGAAUUGAACAUUUUUAAGUCUGAGGUUUCUUGUGAAAAUCCUGAUGUUACCACGGGAAUUCAUUCACUGAAACUGCGUAAACUUGUUUGUUGCUGUGUUGUAACUAUUUGAAGGCUUUAAUGUACGUAACCAUUUUCUAUUUUUCAUUUGUUCCUUAAGCAUUGAAUAUGAUUACGAUUAAUUAUAAAACAAAGUUUGAUUUAAUAGAUCUUUACUGUGAUUGAAGCUCAACAUUUGUUUGCUAAUUUCAAGCAAACAAUUUGGAAGGGAAUUGCAAACUGUUUAUUACCUAAUUAAUACCUGUCUAUGUAAUAAACUGGGCUUUACAUUAAACACGUGAAUGCUACAAUCAUAUAAGACAACAUAUUGAGAAUCGAGUAGUGUCAUAUUAACUGUUUAAAAUUUUCGGUGGUAGUAAUCUUUGCACCAAAAGCAUAAUAACGAAUAUUACAAGGACGCAAAGUUUAAUCAACUUUACCUUUAGUGAAAUCAGCACGGUCAACAUAUUUAUAUUUUUAUUUACGCAUAUAUUUUAUUUUAGUUUUUAUUCAAACUUAGUACCUCGAAAACGUUAUGUGUAAAAUAUAUUUACAUUUAUUUUAGUGAAAAUAUGUUGUUGGAUGUUAAGGUGAUUUAAAAUAUAUUUAUUGCUGUUUUUAAUAUAAUUAUAUUGUAUAUUUGUUAGCCAAAGUUACAAUUAUUAAGUGAAACGGCAUUUGUUGUUAAUUUAUUAGUGUUAAAUUGUAUGUCAUGUUUAGAUUUUGAAAAUAAAUUAUAACUAAUAAUAUAAUGUUUAAUUUUUAAAUGCAUUUGUUGUGAAAUAUAAUGUGAUGUAUUUUUAAGAUUUUAUCUUGUGUAUAUAAAUUUAUCGUUCCAUAUUUUAUUGUUAAUAUUUUUAUAACAGAUUUACAUAAACUGAUAUUUAAAAGUUUUGAAUACAUUACUUCUGUACUCCACUGUCUUGUUAAUAUCAGAUGUCGGUGUACAAUCCAUUAUCAUUAAUUUCUAAUGUAUAGUGUUUUAGAUAAAGAUCAUUUUACUUUUCUAAACAACCUAUCAAUUAAGGAAUUUACAGUAAAUACAAUAUGAAUAUGUUUAUUUUCAUACAAAAUGACCAUUAUUAUUUAGUGUAAAUUAGAUGAUUAGUAUUGUACUAGUCAUACAAUAUGAUUCUUGUGUAAAAGCUCAUAAAAUCAUCUUCAGGUCGCUUUUUGUUUAUAAUUAAGUAUUCAAAUGUAAUAAUACUCACAAUAUGAUGCAGUAUUGAUAUACCAUUCUGUAAAAAUAAAUAAAUAAUUAGACAAG